UAAUCUAAUUUUCAAUGUUAGCGACAGACAGCAUGCGGUUGAGCUCAGAUUUAAAGCCACGUUACACACGAUUAGUAGAAUUAAUAGAGAUCCAAUAGGCUUAUACGAUCAAUUAGAUAACAUUAGCUAGCUGGCUAAAGAUAACAAGCCGCACGUUAGCCCUUUAUAGUCAGUGGCGAGAACGCUUACUAGCAAGACAACGACAAGCAAAUUAUCACCAGCAUUAACAGCAACUUGGAUACAUCUCGUAUCAUGAAGACAUAAUUCAACUAUUACCCAUGGUGUCCAGUGAGCACUGGCAUAUCAGAUGUAUCUUGCAGAGACUGGAGAAGUCCUCUUCUACAAGCUAUCGUUACUGUACGGGGAUGAUACACUCUGUCCGCGCUUCUUUCUCCAACCUCUGGGAUAUGUCAGUGUAACCCUCCGCCUGCGGUAGAUGUGCUGAGGCUGGAGUAGCCACCAUUUUGCAUGUCUAGUGUGUUCCUCCCUCCAUUGCUAAUAGAGACGAUUCCAGCUAUUUUCUGGCAUCAUUACGGCUAGUGAAGAAUGCCAGCUCCGAUCAGACUGCGGGAGCUGAUCCGGACUAUCCGGACAGCAAGGACCCAGGCAGAGGAGCGUGAGAUGAUCCAGAAAGAGUGCGCUGCUAUCCGCUCGUCCUUCAGAGAGGAAGACAAUACAUACCGUUGCAGAAAUGUGGCAAAGCUACUUUAUAUGCACAUGUUGGGCUACCCGGCACACUUUGGGCAGCUGGAGUGCCUGAAGCUGAUCGCGUCCCAGAAGUUCACCGACAAACGAAUAGGUUAUUUGGGAGCGAUGCUGCUGUUGGACGAGAGGCAGGAUGUCCACCUACUAAUGACAAAUUGCAUUAAGAAUGACUUGAAUCACAGCACGCAAUACGUCCAGGGCCUGGCUCUGUGCACUUUGGGCUGCAUGGGUUCCUCAGAAAUGUGCCGCGAUCUGGCCGGGGAGGUAGAGAAGCUGCUCAAAACAUCCAACUCGUACUUGAGGAAAAAAGCGGCGUUGUGUGCGGUUCACGUCAUCAGGAAGGUUCCAGAACUUAUGGAAAUGUUCCUUCCAGCCACAAAAAACCUGCUGAGCGAGAAAAACCAUGGUGUUCUCCAUACGUCAGUUGUCCUCCUGACUGAGAUGUGUGAAAGAAGUCCUGACAUGCUGUCCCACUUCAGAAAGAAUGAGAAGCUGGUUCCACAGUUGGUGAGAAUCCUGAAGAACCUCAUCAUGUCGGGAUACUCUCCUGAGCAUGAUGUGUCAGGAAUAAGCGACCCUUUCCUGCAGGUGCGGAUAUUGAGACUACUGCGGAUUUUAGGCAAGGGUGAUGAUGACUCCAGUGAAGCAAUGAAUGACAUUCUUGCACAGGUUGCAACGAACACAGAGACGAGUAAAAAUGUAGGCAAUGCGAUUCUCUACGAGACUGUACUGACCAUAAUGGACAUCAAGUCGGAAAGUGGACUGAGGGUCUUGGCCAUUAACAUACUCGGUCGCUUCCUUCUUAACAAUGACAAAAAUAUAAGAUACGUGGCAUUGACAUCUCUACUAAAGACGGUACAGACGGACCACAAUGCAGUGCAGAGGCAUCGGAGCACCAUUGUGGAUUGUUUAAAAGACCUGGAUGUGUCCAUCAAGAGACGUGCAAUGGAGCUGAGCUUUGCUCUGGUGAACGGGAACAACAUCAGGGGCAUGAUGAAAGAGCUGCUCUACUUCCUGGACUCCUGUGACCCGGAAUUCAAAGCAGACUGCGCAUCAGGAGUCUUUCUAGCUGCAGAGAAGUAUGCCCCUUCGAAAAGAUGGCACAUAGACACCAUUAUGAGAGUCCUGACAACAGCAGGGAGCUACGUGCGAGACGAUUCUGUUCCCAACCUCAUCCAGCUCAUCACCAACAGCGUGGAGAUGCAUGCCUACACAGUGCAGAGACUCUACAAAGCACUGCUGGACGACAUCUCCCAGCAACCUCUGGUGCAGGUGGCGUCCUGGUGCAUAGGGGAGUACGGAGACCUGCUCGUGUCCGGACAGUGUGAGGAGGAGGAGCCCAUCCAGGUGACUGAGGAUGAAGUCCUGGACGUGCUGGAAGGCCUCCUGGUGUCCAACCUGUCCACACCUGUGACUCGGGGUUACUCCCUCACCGCCAUCAUGAAGCUGUCUACUCGCUUCAGCAGUGUUAACCGAAUCAAGAAGGUGGUCUCAAUAUAUGGCAGUAGCAUCGAUGUGGAGCUACAGCAGCGAGCUGUGGAGUACAACGCUCUUUUCAAGAAAUACGACCACAUGAGGCCAGCUCUCCUCGAGCGAAUGCCCAUUAUGGAGAAAACUGCUACUAAUGGCCCCACAGAGAUUGUGCAGACAAACGGGGAGACGGAGCCCUCUGUUGUGGAAACGAAACAUCUACCACCUGUCACCCAGCCAGCCAAUCAGGCUAAUGAUUUAUUAGACCUGCUGGGUGGUAAUGAUGUGCCAGUCAUCCAGACCACCAUGCCCACCAAGCCUGCCUCAGCUGGAGGAGAGCUGCUGGACCUCCUGGGCGACCUCUCACUAAGUGGUGGCCCAACCCCAGCUCCUGCUCCUUCUGUUCCCUCCUCCCAACCCUCUUUCCUCCUGGACGGCCUCUCCUCUCAGCCCCUGUUUAAUGACAUAGCAACUGCAGCUAUUCCUCCGAUGACGGCAUACAACAAGAACGGCCUAAAAAUAGACUUCACAUUUGAGAGAGCUAAUCCCAAUCCAAAUGUCGCCGUCAUCACCAUCCAUGCUUCCAACUCGGCAGAUGCGGACAUGACAGAGUUUGUUUUUCAGGCUGCAGUACCAAAGACAUUCCAGCUGCAGCUCCUCUCCCCUAGCAGUAACGUUGUCCCAGCACUCAACCAGGGAACUGUCACACAGGUCAUCAGAGUGCUCAACCCACAGAAGCAACAGCUACGAAUGCGGAUCAAGCUGACGUAUACCCUCAAAGGCUCGCCUGUGCAAGACCUGGCUGAGGUUAAUAACUUCCCCCCUCAGUCCUGGCAGUGAUGAGCUGCUUUUGUUGCUCCUAAAAGCCCCCCACCAAGGGAACUAUGAAAAAGAUUUUUCUUUCACCUCCCUCCUUUCUUCCGACGGACCCCCCUGUGACGUCACUGCAGUCAGCUGCCCUCCAGUUGCAUGGGAAACAGCAGAGCAUCUAACACAGGAGAGAGAUACAGAUGUUACGAAGACCCUAUUGACUAUUGACAUCACCAGAUUAAUUGGGAAAACAUAUCAAUCACUGAACUUUCUCUUUUUUUCUUUCUUAAUUGGUUUCCAUGAUGUCUUUUGUGUAGUAAUACACCCUCCGCCCAAAAGCAUUACCACACACAAAAGCACACAUGCACGCCAUUUACUGUGGCACACUUCUCCUCUCAAGUCACUGUAGAGAAAACAUGUUGUCCACUAUGAGCACUGCAGUAACCAUAGUUUUAAUUUAUAAUUCAGCUCCAAUGCAGUUGAAGCAUUUUGCUCCAUUGGCAUUUAUGAUUGGCUUUCCUUUCAGUACAUAUGAUGGCAGCAGAAAACGCUUUGAAAGGUCUACUUAGUGCAGUUGUAACCCCUCUACGCACCAUCAGUGAUAUAACUUGUCAGAGUUGUAUUCAUUUUGAAUUACAUUAAUUUGCUUAAAGCAUGUUUGAGCAUUUGUAGGAUCACAUCACACCUGACUCGAGCUCGGAGGGGAACUUCAGGUUCUGGUAGUAGGCGUCUUUAUCCUAUGUUUCUAUAGGAAGCAGUCUACAUUUGUUUUGUCACAAUGAUAAGAGCAUAAACACAUCCAACAUGCCCGCUUUGAUCACCUGCGGCUGGGUUUUCAGACAACAUGCUCCAGCUUUUCCCACACGGCUCUCCUGAAAUCAUCUCAUCUGUAGCUUUUAGUUAAAGAUCUGUAUAAUAAAUCCUACGGUUAAUUGCUUUGCAUAGUUAGGGAGGUUUAUUCAUUGGGAUGGAUUUCAUCCAGAUCUGAAAUGUAUCUGGAGAUAAGCUGAUGGCCUUUGUGUUUAAAAUCUGCAUAUAAACUUGUCCUGCGUUUGUCUCUUCCGAUACAUUUCAGAUGUGUUUCUCCUGGUUGAGCUUAGUCACCAUGCACAUACAUGUAAAUGAAGCCUGUUAUGAAUGUAGUUACAUGCACUGAAUGCUUUUUCCCCCUCAAGUCUUCUUCCUCAUGGCUGUCUUCUUUAGGGAUGUUCAUCUUAAUGGCACUAUUUUUGUGAAGUAUGUUUUAUUUCUGCAGUAAUUUGACUUAAUUAUUUAUGCCUGAUAUCAAAGUGAUGUGCCUUUCUGACUUUGCUAGAUAAAAGCCCAUGAACUAUUGAGUUCUGUAUGAGCUUCGUUUGUAAGUCCGCUUGUGCGCUGAUCGUGUUUUCGAUCGGAGGGAAAUGGUCUUGAUGAUUUUGAUUUUGAAUCACCUCAUAUAAUAAGUUAAACCUUUUCACUUCUUUGUCUCAUCAUUAGGUUAUAAUCAGUCACCAACUUAUACUGGACUACCUUGAUGUCUAUUUGACAAAAACACAUAAUUAUAGCCACACAAUCUUGAUUGCUAAACUGUGUGGCACACUUUCCAUUAGAAAUGCCUGUUGGAUGAUAUUGAUAAAAAUCCUGAAGCAAAUCUCAAAGAUUAUGGCAGCUAAAUAGAUGUAAACAUUUGAUAGGCUGCCAUCGAAGUGUUUGUAAACCAGUAUAAAGUACUGAAGUGUAAUAUCAUUAAGAUCCCCCGUCAGACACAUGAGAGAGGUACUGUGACGGGUCGUUCUGUGGUGACUGGUCCGAACAGUUCUCUCGUCUUCAAAUCAGAAUUCUGACCAUGCUGUGGUGGACAUUAACCUCAAUACCUCACAAUGUUAUCUCUUUCUGUUCACUUUCAGUUGUAUUGGGUUGACAGCUUUGUUUAGUCAUACAUUGCAGUCAAGGGGAGCAUCUGCAUGAGAAACUAAUGUUAGUUAUUCAUGUCAUGACUUCAGACCAGCAGCCCUGCGAUGCUGUGUUGAGAUCCUCAGAUGUUCAAUCAGGCUGUAUACUCAUUUUCACUAUGCUUCACUAUCUCCUUACGUCUGUGACCAAAUCAGAGAGACUAUUAGCUUUGGAAAUAUGUUUGAGCUAUGAUGUGUAUGGAGGAAAUGAUUUCAGUUUUUCUGCUAUAUCGGCUUUUUUUCUGUAUAUAUUGAGGGCUUUUACAAUUUUGUCUCUUGUACUAUCUUUCAUCAUUUUUUUAGAUACCAUUUUCUAAAAUUACCAAUUAUUCACAAUGUAUAUUGUCUAAAUUAAUCUAGUCACCAUUAGUCUAUAAAGACUUCCCUGUAUCAUCACUCUCUCAUUGUAAAAGAUAUAUGAUCUGCUGCCUGUACAUUGUAUAUAGUUGUAAAACAAACAAAAGCUGAUCAAAUUAAAUAAAACCCACAUGAAGACUUAAAAGAUUAGCUAGGAAGUAUAAUUGUAUGCAUAUAUGUACAAAAAGAACCUUAAAAGGAUGCAAUUGAGCUGCAUUUGAUUUACUAUUCUUCAUACAUGAUCGGAUGUGUCAUCUUUACUUCUUUUACAAAGAUGGUAGGCUGCUUGUCGGGGUUCUGUUGGAUAUUGAAAUGAGGGAAGAUCUAUCGUAACAGAUGUUGUCUGAACGAUGUACUGUACUACUGAGAAACCUAAGCACAGUGUUGCACAGCAGCAGAAGUGGCACCUUCAUCUGCUUCCCUGCCCCUAAACGCCACAUGUAUCCACGCCCUCCUGCGAAGAGGAGCAGGUUUCUUGUCUCGAUGUAACUCUUUCUUUGGGUCUAAUGUGUUGUUUAGUGUUCUGCACUCUUGACAAGUUCAACUAUCAAACUCCCCUCGACCUACAACAUAUUUUGUGAACUGAUGCCCUGUGGUUCUGGCAUGAAAGCUGUCGUGGUUGCCUGGUAACCUUGUUGUCUGCCAUGUCCAGCACUUUUUCUAAAAGCAUUGUGUUUCAAGUAAUGCCACUCUAGGAGAAUUCUAACCUCACUGUGAUUUAUUUUUCCCAGUUUGGUCAGUAGAUUUCGAUUUACGAGUUUUGUCUGAAAAGGAGCUGGUUGAAGUUUUAUUUAGCUUUCUUUUAUUACUCUCCUCGCUGAUGUUAUUUGCUUCUGUGUGACAGACCUUUCAGUUUUUCUUUGUACUCACUGCAGGAGGAGCUGUAACGCAUCAUGUCUGAGCCCUUGUUUUAAAUUCAACUUCACAUGGCGGUUAAUCAUGGCAGGGUAUGAGAGGAAGGCAAUGGAUUGUUUUUUGUUACUACCCUUUUGAUUUUGUGUUAUUAGUGUGCUGCUUUACCAGCCCCAAAACAAGCCUGUGCUACAAGCUAAAAACCACAAGGGGGAGCUGUGCAAAACAUGGAAAAGGAAGUUUCAUACAUCUAAUCCUGAAUGUUUUGGUUGGUGUUGUUUGUAUUGUCUUCUUCAACAAGUAUCUAUCCAUGUUAAUCACAUCUGAUCAGCUCUUUCAAUGAUACCGUAAAUCCAUGCAGUUUCUAAAUGUACAAAUGGAAAUAAUGAACCCAACAUAAGUGCUUUGGACAAUUGUAACCCAAAAGGAAGAAAAGAAACGGAAACAAAUACCCAUCAGCGGUGUGAUCAGCGUUUGAGUUGAUGUUAGUGUGUGUGUGUGUGUGUGUGUGUGAGAGAGAGAGAAUGAUUGCGAAACAGAGAAAAAAAUAAUCAUGCUUGAUAAGAGCGUGAUAGCCUGCGACAUGUCUUUUAUCUAGAUAGGACAUGAUUUUUGGCUGCAAUUUCAACUUUCAGCUUCUGAGCUGCAUGUGAAAAACCAGUGUAAAUAACGUCAUUUCUACACUUGACCUGAGACUCUUUUUUGAAAUGCAAGAAAAGUUCGAAUUAUAAAGUCUGUCACACCAGAUUCAUGAGUCAGUACUAAUAUGUACAAUAGGAAGUUGUUCAAAUAGCGCUCACAAUGCUGUUAUUGUUUUUAAGAAUGAUGAAAAUGCACAUCCGUCAUUUGGAUACCUAAUUUUUUUGUAUGGCUUAAUCAGUGUGUAAAGGGCUUGGGAGAGCAUCUGUAUUGCCACCCAUGUUCACUUUCCCUGUUGAAUCAAUAAAAGUGCAUCCAUUGUAUUUUGAAAACAAAAUCUGUUUAACUCCCCCGGCCUGUCCUGACAUAUAUGGUGUCUGAUUUGUUGGGGGAGGGUGAAGGCAUGAGGUUCACUUCUUUCAGUCAACUUUGACAUAUUGAACUGAAUCUCAGUUCCAUGGCUUCAAGGUGAGUGUGUAUGUCAGACUGAAAGUAUGAAAUGAUGAUUAAAGAUGAAAAGUUGUAAACUAUUAAAUGGGAUAUUUUCAAUUUAUGCUGUGUAUUCUUGUCUUUGGGUUGGAGUAAAUGAUCAAGCGAAUAAAAAGUCAAAUAAAAAAAAAAA